UCGCACUACCGCACCGGAGCUCAGUUGUAGCCAAGCUCUGUCAGUUACUAAACAACACUCCGCGAUGAUAGGUGUGCUUCUGCUGGCGCUAUGCGCCCUUUCGCUACUCAGGUUCGCGCGCUUCAGACAACGGUUCGUACGUGCCCUGAAGUCGAUUCCGGGCCCACCAGGUGUUCCACUUUUGGGCAACUCGAUCGAGCUGCUGCGAUGCGAUACCACGGAACUUCACGACAAAUUGGUUUUGUGGACGAGCCAGUACGAACCACGGAUCAAGAUCGACGUGUGCAAUACCCACUGGAUCAUGCAUACUUCACCGGAACUUGCAGAGCAAAUCGUCACCAACGCCACGUUCAACCGGAAGGCCAAAGACUACGAGUACAUGCACGAGUGGCUCGGAAUUGGAAUCCUGCUGGAUCACGGCCCGAACUGGUUCAAACAUCGCAAGGCCCUGACGGAGGCGUUCCACUUCAGGGUGCUGGAGAACUUUAUGCCCAUCUACCAGGAGCAGUCGGAAAUUCUGGUGGAGAAGCUUCUCAGCUGUGGAGGUCGGGCCGUGGACGUUUUCCCCGUCUUUAAACUCUACACGCUGGACGUGAUCCUUGAAACGGCCAUGGGAGUGCGGUGUCGUGCGCAGGAAAAUGACUCCGACUAUGUCAGGGCUGUCGCGGGCCUAACGCAGAUCACGUUCUGGCGCAUGUACAACAUUCUGGGACAAUCGGACGUGGCCUUUCGCUUUUCCCGGCACUACCGGCCGUACCGGCAAAUGAUAAAGGUGAGCAAUGACUUCACGAUGACGGUUAUUCGACGCCGGAGAAGCGAGAUGGAAUCCACCGAAAAUCAGGAAACGGAGCGAGAUUUUGAAGAAAGUGGUAAGCGCAGGUCAGCCCUGCUGGACAAACUGCUCCGGAUGGAGAUCGAUGGACGGAAGCUGACGGACGAGGAAAUCAAGGACCAGGUCAACAGUUUUAUGUUUGCGGGUCAUGACACCACCUCAAGUGCGCUUACGUUCAUAAUGUACCUGCUCGCAAAGCAUCCGGACGUCCAGCGAAAAUUGUACAAAGAAGUCAAGGAAGUCUUUGGAGAUAGCAGACAUCCAACCUUCACUCAAAGUACCCUCAAUAACCUCAAGUUCAUGGACCAGGUCAUCAAGGAGGCACUUCGGCUGUACCCGUCCGUUCCGUUCGUGUCGCGGACCGUCGACGCCGACACGGAACUGGCCGGCGUAACGUACCCCGCCGGGACCACCAUCUCGCUGGGCAUCUACUUCAUGCACCACAAUCCGGCGUACUUCCCCGAGCCGACCCGCUUCAAGCCGGAACGGUUCGCACCGGAGGCGGAGCAGAUCGAGCGCAAGAACCCGUACGUGUACAUUCCGUUCAGCGCCGGAAGCCGGAACUGCAUUGGGCAAAAGUUCGCCAUGAACGAGAUGAAAACCGCCGUCAGCCACGUGGUUCUGCGCUGCGAGCUGGAACUUGAGGAUCCCGAUUUUGUACCAAGGCUGAAGGAUGAACUUAUUUUGAAACCUUCCGAUGGAAUGCCGAUCAAGUUUUUGGCGAGAUCAAAUAAUUAUAAUGGACACAACCAUUCUACUGUUCUGCUCAUUCUAUCAGUGCCCGUUCUUCCAGUUCCAUUCAGUAUCUCUCCAGAACUCGGUCCAGUAACAAGUGCCAGUGCCAGUGCCAGUCUCCAUUCAGCAAAACAAAUCAUGUUGAUAUUAGCGCUUUCGGUGAUUGUGGCCAUCGCUGCCGUGACAAUCGUGCUCCACUUUCGAUUGACCCAGUUUGAAAAGAUUCCGGGACCUCCGGCCUGGCCACUCGUCGGGAGUUCGCUGCAGUUUAUGAACCUGAGUCCAGUUGAUAUAUUCAACCUGCUGCGCAAGUACUCCAAAAUGUACGGCAAGGCGUACAAAAUCAGCUUUGGGUAUGACUACACACUCAUGUUUGCGAAGCCCGAAAUUGCCGAGAAAAUUCUCAACACCCAAUCGUACGCGGACAAGUCCAGCGACUACGACAAGGUGGCCGAAUGGAUCGGCCACGGCCUGCUCGUCUCCAAGGGCGAAAAGUGGUUCCAGCGGCGCAAGGUCCUCACGCCCGGCUUCCACUUCCGGAUACUGGAAAGCUUCGUGCGGGUGUUCAACGAGCACAGUGACGUGUUCUGCCGGAAGUUGGCCACCUUCCAGGGCUCCGAGGUGGACGUUUUCCCCCGCCUCAAGCUGUUCACGCUGGACGUCCUGUGCGAAACGGCCCUCGGCUAUCGAUGCAACUCACAGACGGAGGAUCCGGCUUACCCGCGCGCCGUUGACGAGAUCAUGUCCAUCCUGAACUGGCGCUUCUUCAACCCGUUCGCCAGCAUUGAUGUGUUGUUUCGGUUUACCAAGCAGUACAAGCGGUUCCACCAGUUGAUCCGGGAAACGCAUCGGUUCACGCUGGACAUUAUCAACGAGCGGAGAAGGGAAGCCAGCAGGGUUUCGGAGGUGGACGAGGACGAGGACCUGCGGGAUGAUGGCGGUUGUGGGACCAGGAAGAAGAAGCUGGCCUUGUUGGAUAUACUGCUGGGGGCGACGAUCGAUGGGAAGCCGCUGUCCGAUGAUGAUAUCAGGGAGGAGGUGGAUACGUUUACAUUUGCGGGUCACGACACCUCAGCAUCAGCGCUGACCUUCAUUCUGUACAACAUCGCAAAACACCCGGAGAUCCAGCAACGAAUGUACGACGAGAUUGUCGAAAUUGUCGGCCCAGACUCUACGGAACUCACGUUGCACACCCUAAACGAACUUCGCUUCCUGGACCUGGUCAUCAAGGAAUCCCUUCGGAUGUUUCCACCGGUUCCGAUGAUCGCUCGCCACGCCACGGAGCGGACCGAAAUCGAGGGGAGCGUCAUCCCGGUCGACACCAUCGUUGGCGUGGACAUUUUCGAAAUGCACCGUGACUCAGACUACUUUCAGGACGCCGAACGGUUCAAUCCGGACCGAUUUGAGGCAGUUAGGGAAACUGGAAAGAGCAACCCGUUUACUUACAUUCCGUUCAGUGCUGGCAGCAGGAAUUGCAUCGGUCAAAAGUUCGCCCAAUACGAAAUCAAGACGGCAGUAACGAAGAUCCUUCAGAACUUCACGCUGGAACUACCCUCACCGAACUUUGAGCCCGCCCUCAAAGCCGAAAUCGUACUCAAACCAGCCGGACCGUUACCAAUUCGAUUCGUCCCACGAGCAGCAGCUGCACCUUGAACAAAACAACAACCAAACUUUAAACGCUAAAUC